UUCACAGAGUGAGGCUCCAUCUCUCUCUCUCUCUCUUCCAAGGGCCACCACACAUGAACAGGACACCUUCACUUGGAAUCGCGGCGCACCGUCACUGAAGAUGUCGUCACGCGUCCUGCCGCCGCUCUUUGGAUUACUUCCUGUGGCGCUCUGGUUCUGCUGCUCCUGCGCUCAGCUGCUGCUGGACGAUCGCUCUCCCCUGGCGGCCUUGGACCUGACGGAGUUGAUCGGCGUCCCCCUCCCCCCCUCCGUCUCCUUCGUCACGGGCUUCGAGGGCUACCCGGCCUACAGCUUCGGCCCCGGGGCAAACGUGGGCCGCCUCACAAAGUCCUUCAUCCCCGACCCGUUCUACCGCGACUUCGCCGUCACGGUCACGGCCAAAGCGACCACGCGGCGCGGGGGCGUGCUCUUCGCCAUCACGGACGCCUACCAAAAGAUCGUGCACUUGGGUGUGGCCUUGUCCGAGGUGGAAGAUGCCUCCCAGAGGGUCGUGCUGUACUACACCGACCCGGCGGCGGGGGGGGGCACCCAGGAAGCGGCUUCCUUCAAAAUGGGGGACCUGACGGGGAGAUGGGCGCGGUUCACCCUGACCGUGCAGGGGUCAGAGGUGCGCCUCUACAUGGACUGCGAGGAAUACCACCGAGUGGCCUUCAACAGGGGCCCCCGGCCUCUCACCUUCGAGGCCCGCUCGGGGGUCUUCGUGGGCAACGCGGGGGGUGCGGGCCUGGCCCCCUUUGUGGGCUCCAUCCAGCAGCUGGUGCUCAAGUCAGAUCCCACGGCCCCAGAUGACCAGUGUGAGGAGGACGACCCUUAUGCCUCUGGAUUCGGGAGUGGAGACGACGCCUAUGAAGACAUGGAGGGGAUGGACGAAGUGAAGAAGGUUGUGGAGGAGAUGGAGUACACAAUGCCCCUAGAGCCCCCUCACAGCAGCCCGGUCCAAGCUCCGCCCACUGAGAUGCGGCUUGGUGACGACGAUGAAGAUGUAGAUGACGUGGAAGAGCACUCUGGACAGGAAGUGGAGAUGACCACAGCAAGUGUGCAAUCCCCUCACAAUGCCCGUGACUCUGCAUUUGGCGUCCCCCUCCAGGUGUCUCCAGGAACAAAAGGCGAGAGAGGAGAGCCGGGUCCGUCCGGUCCUCCAGGACCGCCCGGCCUUCCAGGCCAGGCCUCAGGAGGUGGGGAGGGAGGGGAGCCAGGACCCCGGGGUCCACAAGGACCACAUGGAGCUUCAGGUCCACCUGGGGUACCCGGAAAAGAUGGAAAGCCUGGGAGCAAAGGUGAAACUGGUGACCCAGGAGCAACAGGGAUUCCAGGAUUCCCAGGACUGCAGGGAGAGCCCGGUCCAGUGGGAGACAAGGGGGAUCCUGGGGUCGGGCUACCAGGUCCACCCGGCCCUCCUGGACCUGCAGGUCGACCGAGCAAGUCUCCCAUGUCCCCGGAGGGGUCUGGAUUUGAGGACUUCGACAGUGACGCAGAGUUCAUCAGGGGGCCUCCAGGGCCUCCUGGACUCCCGGGAAAGCCGGGCCCGCCGGGUACCGCAUCGGGAGACUUCUUCCCUGGACACCCCGGGAUCCCCGGGAAAGAUGGGAAGGAUGGAGAGAACGGUCAACCUGGACGGCCUGGAAAAGAUGGAGCUUCGGGAUCUGCCGGGGCCAAAGGAGACAAGGGGGAGGCUGGUGCAAGUGGGCCAGCCGGAGCGAAGGGAGAUCAGGGGCCUCCAGGGUUUCCAGGCCUGCCAGGCUCAGACGGUCCAGAAGGGCAUCCGGGUCCCAGGGGUCCAUCUGGCCCACCCGGGCCCCCGGGUCCUCCGGGGCGAGGCCUCAGCAUGGACUUCGAGGACUCUGAAGGAUCCGGGAUGCAGAGUGGUUUUGGAGCUGCGCUGUCCAGGGGCCCACAGGGUUCCCCUGGGAUCCCUGGACUGGAAGGACCCAAGGGAAAAGAGGGCUCAGCCGGCUCCCCGGGAAAGCCGGGGCCAAAGGGGGAGGCGGGUUCUACCGGACCCCCGGGCUCCCCGGGACUGGAGGGACUAAAAGGGGAAAAGGGACCAAAGGGGAACGACGGAGAUCCAGGACAAAAGGGGGAGAGGGGACGGGACGGGCUCAGUCUCACCGGCCCUCCGGGACCACCUGGACCAGCAGGACCCGUUAUCAACCUCCAGGACCUUCUACUCAACGACACAGACGGUGCCUUCAACUUCUCCGGGAUUUUUGAGGCUCAGGGACGCGCCCAGGGACCUCAGGGUCCAAAGGGACCAAAGGGAGACAGUGGAUUGCCAGGAGUUCAAGGACCUCCAGGACUGAAGGGUGAAAGAGGAGAGCCGGGACUCUCGGCAGACGGAUCCCCGACGUCCGGCCCGGCUGGAACCAAAGGAGUCAAGGGAGAUAGUGGUGUGUCCGGACCGCCUGGAAUCCCAGGGCCGACUGGACCCGCGGGACCCAAAGGAGAAUUCGGUUUUCCCGGCAGACCUGGACGUCCGGGCCUGAUGGGACCGAGAGGAGAGAGAGGAGACUUUGCGGGCCUGAUGGGACCCCCCGGCCCGCCGGGGCCUCCGGGCCGUCCGGGGAUGUUCGGCUGCCCGAAAGGAACCGUGUUCUCCAUCCCUCCCAGGCCGCACUGCAAAAUGCCCCUCAAUCCCAAUGGAACAAUUGCAGUUGGUAACUGUCAGACGGGACUGAAGGGGGAGAAGGGAGAGCAAGGUCUUCCUGGGAUCCCGGCGCCUCAGAGCUCUUUUCCUCCCAGGGGAAGUUGGGGGGCAAGAGGUGAGCAGGGCACCAAAGGAGAGAAGGGAGACAAGGGGGAGGCAGGGUUGCCCGGGCAACCAGGUAAUCUCGGCAGAACGGGGCUUGUGGGACCCAAAGGGGAGUCAGUGAUUGGCCCCCGGGGCCCCCCCGGGGCACCCGGCUCACCCGGUUUUCCAGGCUACGGCAGACCAGGAGCGGUCGGCGCUCCGGGGCCGCCUGGGCCUCCGGGGCCCUCCGAGUCGCCCUCGAGACACGGCUCCGCUCUGACCAUUGCCGGCCCGCCUGGACCUCCUGGACCAGCUGGACCUCCCGGGCCUUCGAGUAACGCAGCAUCUCUGAGAACAUUUUCCUCCCGUGAGAGCAUGAUGCAGCACACCGCCCGGGAUGCAGAGGGGACUCUGGCCUACGUCACAGCGACAGCGAGUCUCUUCCUCAAGGUCUCCCGAGGGUGGAAGGAGAUACAGCUCGGCAGCCUUAUUUACCUCUCCAAUAACAUCAUUCCACAAGAUGAGCCCCGGGUUUCAUAUCAGAUAAGCGGAGACACGCUGGAAAGAAUACGUUCCGUCGACGAAAGGCUCAACCUGGUGGCCCUGAACCAGCCCCACUCGGGCGACAUGACGGGGCUGGACGCCGCUGACCGGAUGUGUUACGAGCAGGCCAAGGCGAUGGGCUUGGCUCCGAACUUCCGCGCCUUCAUAUCCUCCCAGAGGCAAGACCUGGUCCACGUGGUCUACCCGGGUUUCCGGGAAACCCUGCCAGUGACCAACCUCAGGGGGGACGUGAUGUUCAGCAACUGGAGGUCAAUUUUCAACGGGGACGGGGGGCCAAUGGACGCCAGGGUACCGAUCUAUUCCUUCGACGGCCGGGACGUCAUGGCCGACCCGUUCUGGCCCCAGAAGAGCAUCUGGCACGGCUCCACCAGCAGGGGGCUCCGAGCGGUGGACAAGCACUGCGAGACGUGGCGAGCGGACCACAUUUCCGUCGCGGGCCAGUCGUCCAGCCUGACCUCGGGUCUGCUCCUGGGCCAGCAGACCAGGAGCUGCUCCAACCAGUACAUCGUCCUCUGCAUCGAGACGCACAAAAAGACCUGAAUCGGGGGGCCCCCCCUCCAGCGCCCCUCCCGCACCACUCCAAACACCGUAAACGUU